AUGUCGCCGACCGAGACUAUGACUUCAGACCUCUCUCGUCAAACUACAAACUCUGACUAUGGCGAUCUCGACCCUGACGAGGAAAAGUCGCAGGAGGGCCGCGGCCGGGCGGCUGCGUCCAUCGCGACAGGUCGGUCGGUCAGUCUCAACAGAACAAUGUCUCGAAGAGAGACCAUUUUGUCGCGGAUCAGGUCAAGGCCGCCCAUUGGCACUUUCACCCAUCCGCUAGAGCAUCAGAAGACGACGGUUGAAGACCUAGUCGACUUUGAGGGCGCUGAUGACCCGUACAGGCCUGUCAACUGGACUAUGAAGAAGAAAGUCAUCACGACUGCCCUGUACGGCUUUACCACAAUGACCGCCACUUGGGCGAGCAGUAGCUACAGUUCAGGGACACAGCAGGUCGCCCGUGAUUUUCAUGUUGGGACCCAGGUCUCGACGCUGGGAACAACGCUUUUCUUGCUUGGAUUCGGUAUUGGGCCUCUGCUUUGGGCACCACUCUCGGAGGUCUAUGGCCGCAAGAAUGCUGUCCUUCCGCCCAUGUUCGUUUCUGCCUGUUUUUCAUUCGGGACUGCCGCGGCCAAAGACAUUCAGACCAUCAUGAUCACAAGAUUCUUUGCGGGCUUCUUUUCUUCUGCGCCUGUCACUAACACUGGAGGCGUACUAAGUGAUUUGUUCCCGGCGUCCCAGAGAGGUAUUGCCAUUGCAUCCUACGCGAUGGCCGUGGUAAUUGGCCCGGUUUUUGGACCCAUCGUGGGCGCCGCUCUUGUAGUCCAGCCCAGCCUCGGGUGGCGAUGGACCGAGUAUAUUACAGGAAUCAUCCAGCUGGCUAUCUUGGUGUUCGAUGUCAUCUUCCUGGACGAGUCGUAUCCUCCCCGACUUCUGGUCUACAAGGCACGGAGGCUGCGACACCAAAGUGGGAAUUGGGCUCUUCACGCCAAGUUUGAGGAGUGGGAUGUGUCUGUGGUGGAGUUGGCGAACAAGUUCUUGAUCCGGCCGUUCCAGUUGUUGAUGACCCCCAUUUGCGCCCUCGUGGCUCUCUAUGCAAGCUUUUGCUAUGGGAUUUUGUACAUGCAACUUGGCGCCAUCCCGAUCAUCUUUGGCGAGCACCGUCGCUGGAAACUACUCCCCUCGGAACUUCCGUUCCUGGCAAUUCUCGUGGGAGCCAUUACUGGGGCGGUCAUCAAUAUCUUCAACCAGCUGGUAUAUAACCGCAAAUCCGGAGGCAAAGUGGCGCCCGAGUUGCGUCUACCCCCCAUGAUGUUUGGGUCUUUUCUGUUCUCGUCUGGACUCUUCAUCACCGGGUGGACAUCCGACCCCAAGUUCCCGUGGAUUGCCCCGGUGAUCGGGCUGUACAUGACCGGUCUUGGGUUCUUCACCAUCUUCCAAGCGGCGCUGAACUACCUCGUCGACACAUUCCAAAGAUAUGCUGCCAGUGCCGUGGCGGCCAACACCUUUCUGCGAUCAUGCUUUGCUGCAGCGUUUCCGCUCGUCGUGACUCCUUUAUACCAUAAUGUCGGAGUUCCAUGGGGCACGAGCAUAUUUGGGUUCUUUGCCAUUGCCCUGAUACCCGUCCCGUUUGUGUUUUUUGUGUUUGGCAAGCGAAUUAGAGCGAAGAGCAAAUGGAGUCGGUUCUAG